UUGAAGAAUGGACAACAGUUAGUUUCAGAGGUGCCACCGUAUCUAAAAUAGAUUUACAUUGAUUGUUAAAAGACAAAAUAAGUGAAUCCAUAUCAUUUUGAGCCAUGCGAGGGUCAAACAUGGCAGAGAACCUUCCAGCAGCAUCCUGGUUUAUAAUCCGCCUUUGGAUCAUCAAUUUAGGAGGUGAAGGAUCCACGUAAAAUGACAAAUUAAAGAAUAUGCAGCUAUGGUCACUCACAUGGACAUCCUCCACACAUACAUCAUGUAUAUUUAAACCCAGGGAGAAAACAAGGUCCAGUGUGUGGCCCUUUGUAUGUGUGGGGCCAGAAACAUGCUGCUUAAAGUUAAAAGACUCAGUGAUAGUGAUGAGCUCAGCAGCAGUGCUACAGGAAGCGUCAUCAAUAUGAAGGUUGAAGUCUCCCAAUAUUACAACCUUCUCCAAUUUAAUGAUCGAUGUCAGAAGGUCAUUAAAUUCAGUUAGAAAGACCCCAGCAGGUCUGGGAGGUCGAUAGAUUAAAAUACAGUAAAAGGUUUUCAGAGAACUGACCUUCAUCAUCUGUGACUCAAAUGAAGAAAAGAAGUCCGAGGUCAUCAGUUUGCAUGUGAGUCUGUCCUGGUAAACAACAGCGAGUCCUCCACUACGUCCUGACAGACGCGGAGUUCCAAUGACAGAACAGCCAGACGGGCAGAUUUCAUUCAAGUGGACAUAAUCCUUAUUUUGCUGCCAUGUCUCAGUCAGACACAUAAAAUCUAGAGACUCUUUAAUAAAAAGAUCAUUUAGAAUAAAUGAUUUGUUCGUUAUAGAGCGAACAUUAAGCAUUGUGAACCGAAUUGAUGACGGUUUAUCUGCGAAAUCUACAGCUGACUGCAGCGGCGCUUGAAUUAGACACCUGUGCACACCUGUGGACCUGCCGGGCAGGGCGGCGACUCCAGAGUUGGGAAAAACCUUGAUCGAUGAGCAGACGUAGCUGUCACCAGCAAAACGGAAAAUGGAUGACGGACACAGAGUGAGCAAACUGCUUUCGAGCCAUGGGGCUCGGGUCCCAGGCGGCGGCGUAACAUCCCCAGCAAACGACAGGAGAGGAACUGGUCGCAGGCACCGAGAGUCACCCCACAGCCAAGCAGCUAGCCUCCGGUACCUUCUCCGUUUCACCUGGACGCCAGCCCUCGUUCCCCUUUUUCGUCUCUUGAGGGUGGAAAUGUCGCGGGGUGUGCACAGUAGCACGCACUCAGAGCUGUUCAUAACCUCCGCGGUGGAAGACAGAAGCUACUGGCUGACUCAGAAAAGAGAGAAGACCAUCUACAGAAGAGGCACCAUGAAGCUGCUGCUUGUGUCUGUACUUCUUUGUGCAGUGAUGGUUCUGACACCUGCUGCUUUUCUUACAGAUAAAGUCGGCAGCAGUGGUGCAGGGGAUUUAAUUCCAACAGGAAUUAGUUACCAGGUCAGGAUGUUAUCUCGUUGUCCUCGUGGUUGGACUCGGUUCAGACGUCGCUGCUUUGUCUAUAUUCCAAGAGCCAUGAGUUGGGCUCACGCUGAGAGAAACUGCUUGUCCAUGGGGGCCCACCUUGCAUCUGUGCACAGGAGCAGCGAGUACCGUCUGAUUCAGAAGCUGACUCGCCCUCAUGGCUUCAGAACUACUUGGAUUGGAGGAACUAAUGCAUCUGGGAAACAUGUUUGGUUGUGGAGUGAUGGGAGCCGUUUCCACUAUACACACUGGUGCCCAGGAGAGCCUAAUAAUGGCCUUGGCAAUCAGCAUUGUCUGCAGAUAAAUUAUAGUGGUUCCAAGUGUUGGGAUGAUGUGCAGUGUGACUCACAUCGGCCAUCUAUCUGUGCCAGGAAAAUCUCAAGACACCGGGGCUAACACUGAAGCAUGAAAUUCCUAUAAAAACACAAACUGAUGUACAAUAGUGUUUGUGUUUUGCUUGCUCCAAUUUCUUUAUUUCAUUUUCAAGCAUUACAUUUUUCUCUCAUUGUAGCACCCAAUUAAAACAUCAAACGACAAAUCAACAAAAACUGCAUUGUCUUUAAAGACCUUGCGUCUUUAACAGCAGACUGGUUGUGUUACUACAGCGUUGAUUUUAGAAAACUGCUCUUUCUUCUGUUUUUUAUUUUUUUCACUUGUUUUAUGCAGCAAUAAAGCUUUCAGUCAAGCAUC